CGAGCGGCGCAACCGCACACACGGCACGCCAGCUACAGCGCUGGCAGUUGGCGAGUGAACGAACAGCAAUGGCAUCCGCGAAAGACACGGCUACGUUUUUCACGCACGGCACCUGUGCACAGUACGAACUGGUACUCAAACUCUAUCCGCAGGCGCUCAAACUGAAGGCGGACAGGAGACCGAAGAAGCCGGAGGAACUGAUCAAGCUGGACAAUUGGUACCAGAACGAGUUGCCAAAGAAAAUCAAGAGCCGUGGAAAGGAUGCGCACAUGAACCAUGAGGAACUCGUGCAAACGAUGAAAUGGAAACAGACCAGAGGCAAAUUCUAUCCGCAACUGAACUAUCUGGUUAAGGUGAACACUCCACGAGCCGUUAUGCAGGAGACGAAGAAAGCGUUCAAGAAGCUGCCCAAUCUUGAACAGGCCAUCACCGCCCUGUCGAACCUUAAGGGCGUUGGCACCACGAUGGCUUCAGCGUUAUUGGCGGCCGCCGAUCCCGACAGCGCUCCCUUCAUGGCUGACGAAUGCCUGAUGGCGAUACCGGACAUCGAAGGCAUCGACUACACCACCAAGGAGUAUCUGAAGUUCGCGACGCACAUCAGCUCCGUGGCCGACCGUCUCAACAAGGAGAGCCAGGCGUCGCAGCGGUCCGACAGCGUCGUUUGGUCGCCGCACAAGGUUGAGCUCGCCCUCUGGACCCACUAUGUCGUCUCCGAACACAAACCCGACUUGCUCUCUAAUAUCUGCCCGGUGGCGAACGGCAACUCCAUAGCGGCUGUCGUGCACCAGAACGGCGACUCGCUGGACGCGGCGACGUCCGAUGAAAGUAAUCAGGGCCCGACGCCGUUGAAUGGUAACGGCGCCGCAGCCGACACACCAGCCCCACCCGCCGCCGUCAUCGACGAGGACACGACCACCUCGUUCACCGACAACAGCCCACCCUCCAUCCAGAACGACGAGACAAACGACUCGCUCGUUUCGGACUCGACCAAGGACUCCGUCGUGUCCGAUGACUCCAAUAGCAUCGGCUUCAACAAGCGGCCACUCGACGAGGACGACAGCAACGCGCCCCAAACGGCGCCCGUUAGCAAAAAAAUGAAGGACGACAUAGGCGAUAAGUGACAAUUACGGGCUUACUUUUAAUUAUAUAUAUUUUUUUUAUUUUAUAUUUUUUUAUUACUAUGUUGUAACGUAAGAUUUAGUAUAUUAUACACAACACACACUAUCAUGCAUUGCGAUUUUUUGUGGUUAUGUUCUGUGAGUGUUCAGGACCAUGAUUUUUCAAUUUACACACCCCCGGUUUAUAAACAAAAAGACGACUUCGAGUGGCGCGCGGAGAAGGGGCCCAAAGGACCUUAAUAAUCACACUAGUAAGUAUCUAAUUGUACUCUUAGAUCCUAUUGCGUAUUCGUGUACUUUUAAUCAAUUAGCCAUUUAUAUAUGAACACUGACCAACUGCUGCAACAGCAAUUUUUUCUAUAUGAAUUUGCGUGAGCGUUCCCCUGAAUGGACGCAUCGUUUCAUUUAACAGUCUUGGUAAUAUUAAUUGUAAAUCAUUGUGGCGCAUCUGUUAUCAAAAAACGUUACCGAAUCAAAUCAUCAACUGUACAAAUUUUGGUCCGAAACCGCUCCAAAAAAUAAAAAAAAAUAAACACUUUUAGCUGUUAGGUCGUUUUUGUCCCCUUCGUGUAUAUCUCUCUCGUAAAUUCUCUCGAAGAAACGACAGUCACUCAUUUGAUUAGGUUCCCCUCCACCUCCUUCAUCCAUUGUCGAGAUAUUUUUUUAUUGAACUAGAUUUAAAUGGAUCAAUUUGUGAACGUAUACCACUUUGUUGUGAUUUGAUAAAUAGGUAUUUCAAUCGAUUGCUUCAGUUUAUUAAAUAUAGUAAAAUAGGAUAAAUAAAAUGACUGAAUCCGAGUUAUUUUUUAUUGUAUAUGAGCAAUGGCUGUUAACUCGCUGGUUCUCGUUGAAUUCUUCGGAAAAUAAAUCACAUAUUGUCAAGAAUAGCGUUUUGUUUUUUAUAUAGUUUCGGCUUAAGUUACGUAAAAGUUACCAAACAAAUUGAAUUCAUUGAGUUGUUGAAUUAUUUUCGUCUGCGAGAAAUUUAACAGGAACUGUGUUAUUAUAUUCUUUUCUUUCAUAGGACCUUACUGCUGUAAUCAAUCAUAGUUUGUUUUAUGCGAUAAGUUCUCUGACCUUGUAUUACGUGUACAGUUAAAUCCGGACAAGUGUGGAAACGUGUUUUUUGUCACCCAAGAUAAUGAGGGUGAAUUUGUAUAGGAAUAAGCAAGUUUGCAAAUAUGUAUAUUGAUGCCAUAUUGUCGGAUUUAACUGGUAAAUCUUUUUAUGCUGCCAGGAGAGGUCAUGGAAAAAAUUCCAAGCUGUGAUUUGUUGUAUAAGUUUUUCAUUAAUUUUUCAGUCGUUGGCGGUAAGGUCGACUUUUUCAUAAUGCUUAUUUAUCAAACAACAUUGUUACCACUGAAGAUUAAUGAUUUUUCACGUGAAGAAUAAAAAAAAAACAAUGUAAAAAUUCACUGUUUUGUCUUUUGUUUUGUUGUUUAUUUUUUAUAUUUAGUCAUAUUUUUGAUACUGUCUUAAUCAACUAACAAUUAUUACCAUACUAGGGUUAGAUUAAGUAAUUUAUUUCUUUGUUUUAUUGUAUUCCUUUUACAUUAGGCAUUCUUUUUUCGUAUUAUUAUUGUCGUACAUUCCAAUUUUUGUUUUGUCCAAAUGAAUCUGUUUUAUACAAAACAUGAGGAAUUUUUGCAUUUGAAGUGUUUUUAAUGAUAUUGUUUCCUUAAAUCAACCCCCAACAGACGAAAAUUGUAUUUCGCUUAACAUUAACCACAAUCGAAACUGUUUGUUUUGGGUUGCUUUUUGUGAAUAAUGCCAUUGUAAUUUAUAUGUAAAUAUAGUCUUGAUAUAUAUAUUUUUAUUUGAUGUAGCGAUUUUAGUUAAUUUUAUAAUUGAACUUCAAAUGUAACUGUUCAAUUUUCGGCUUUACGAAAUCGUGUGUUGUAACGGAGUACAAAGUGAUUAAACGAUUUUGUAAUUUCGAAUGAAAAAAUAGCAAAACUCCAUUUUUAAUAUAAAUAUUUAUAUAUAAAUAUAUAUAGAGACAACAAAUAACUGAAUGCCUUUUAUGAAUAAAAUAAUACUGUAGUACGUAUACAUACACUUUUACAGAAAAACAAAUAGUUAGCAAGUUAAUUUAAAUUAUAUAUGAUAUAUAUAGUGAGGUGUUAAUUUUUGUCAGAUUGUGAAUGUCUUUCGUUACGUUUCGUAUAAUAUAUUUUUGAUUCGCAUCUUACUCACUCUUGCUUCUUAAUUGAACAACACAAAGAUAUUCAUAAUCUGUAUUAUGUAAAAAAUAAAUAUCAGUUGUAGCAGAUGAGUUUGAGGUUUUUGUAGGAUAUUUUCAUAAAUAUAAAUAUUUCACGGCCAA